UCUCCCCAUCGAAUUCUUGCUCACACAACCUCUCCUGCCUGGAACUCCUCCCCACCCCAGCUUCAUACCUCCCCAUCUUCUAGGCCCUUCUGAAAUUGCAUCUCCUCUGGGAAGCCCUCCCUGAAGAGACCCCCACCUUCCCCUGCCCCAUUUCUCUCCCAAUUGAGUCGGUACCCCCUUAAGCAGCUCCACUGCACUUUUGGACCCUUCUUAGCUCCCUGUCGACUCUAAGCUCCUUGCGGGCAGUGGUUCAGUGGGUAUGCGGGGAUAAUAGGGUCUCUAGCAGUUGGCAUAGCGGGCCCAGCAGGUGCGGUGGGCCCAGUGGCGUGGGGGCGGAGCCGAGGGGGCGGGCCUCCUUGCCGGAGGAAAAGCCCGUCAUCGAUAGGACGGGGAAGACGGGGAAGGAGGUGAUGAAGCAAAAGGAGAAGUGAAAAGCCGGACCGACUUCACUCAUGGCUCCAGCCGCAUCCAGGACAGCUCUUCCUCAGAGGCCCCCGGCCGCCGAGGGCAGAGACCGCCACAGGGAGGAGCAGCCACGGGCCGGUGCUCCUCCGGCCGUCGGCCCCGGGGCCCGGGGAGAUGCCCUCCGGCCGCCUGCUGGUCAAAGGGCUACUGGGAGGGGUGGUCCUGCUCACCCUGGCCUUCUGGAACCUGAAGUUCUGGCUCCCGCUGCCAGAGGGUGUCCCUCGGCCCCGCCAACCUCAGGCUGGCCUCACGGUGCUCAUCUGGCACUGGCCCUUCGGCCGGCCGGCGAACCUCAGCGGUGACGUCUGCGCCACCCUGUACGGCGUGGAGGGCUGCCUCCUCACCACCAACCGCAGCCUCCUCCGCCAGGCUGACGUGGUCGUCUUCCACCACCGGGAGCUGCAGUCCGGCCAGGCCCGGCUACCUCUGGGCGAACGCCCCCCGCACCAGCCCUGGCUCUGGAUCACCCUGGAGUCCCCCAGCCACACCUAUGGCCUGGCCCGCCUGGGCGGCAUCUUCAACUGGGUCAUGACCUACCGGCGCGACUCGGACGUCUUCAUGCCCUACGGGGAGCUCGUGCCCCGGGCCUCCCCGGCCCCGACGCUGCCGCCCAAGGACGGGCUGGUCUCCUGGGUGGUCAGCAACUAUCACGCGGGGCAGCGGCGGGCGGCCGUGUACGCCGAGUUGGCCAAGCACGUGCCAGUGGCCCUGUUCGGCCGGGCUAACGGCCGGCCCCUCUGCCCGGCCUGCCUGGUCUCCACCACCGGCCGCUAUCGCUUCUACCUGGCCUUCGAGAACUCCCAGCACCACGACUACAUCACCGAGAAACUCUGGCGCAACGCCCUGCUGGCGGGCGCGGUGCCCGUGGUCCUGGGGCCGCCCCGGGCCACCUACGAGGCCUUCCUGCCCCCGGACGCCUUCAUCCACGUGGACGACUUCGGCUCCGUCCGGGAGCUGGCCCGCUUCCUGUCGGGCAUGAACGCCAGCUGCUACCAGCUCUUCUUCCGCUGGCGAGAGCGGCUGGCCGUCAGGCUGCACGCCGACUGGAGGGAACGUUUCUGCACCAUCUGUUCUCGUUAUCCGCACUUGCCCCGGGGGCGGGUCUACCGGGACCUGGAGGCCUGGUUCCGGGGGGGUGACGGCCCGCAGGGAGAGGGGCCGGGAGGGGGUACUGCUUCCUCCUACCUGUUACUCAUUUUAGAGCCUGUCAAACCUGGCAUCAACCCAGCUAGGCUGUAA